UUCUAAUUUGAGAGGUUUCACGUUGAAGAAAAUCAGUGCGUUUGAGGCUGAGACCUAAACAGAGUCACCAUGAGGCUGGGCUGCGUCCGCACAGUUGGGGCCUUGUCCUUUUCUCCCUCUGUGCUCUGGGCAGCCCCGAUGCUGCUGGUUGUCUUUGGCCUCUGGUUUCCAGCACCAGCAACUGGUGUCACAGCAUCAUUUUCAGAUUUUUCUUCAACCACGCCCUCCUCAGCUGCCAGUUUUGAGACGCUGCAGUGUGAAGGACCUGUCAGCACCCCGGACAGCAGCUGCCACCCCCAUGAGCACUUGAUGGAUGCAAGGGAAGUCGACUUCCAGGUCAAGGGCUACACUUUCAGUAAACCCUUCCAUCUGAUUGUGUCCUACGACUGGCUGAUCCUCCAGGGUCCAGCGGGGGCCAUAUUUGAAGGAGACCCGCUGGUUCUGCGCUGCCAGGCCUGGCAAGACUGGCCACUGACCCAAGUCGUCUUCUACCGGGAUGGCUCAGCUCUGGGUCCCCCUGCCUCUACCAGGGAGUUCUCCAUCGCCUUUGUGCAAGAAGCAGACAGCGGGCACUACCACUGCAGCGCUGUCUUCAGGAGCCCUGGUCCUGGGAGCCCAGAAACAGCAUCUUCUGUGGCCAUCAGAGUCCAAGAACUUUUUCCAGCUCCAGUUCUCAGAGCGACCCCCUCUGCUGGGCCCCAAGAGGGCAGCCCGGUGACCCUGAGCUGUCAGACGAAGCUGCCCCUGCACAGGUCGGCCGCCCGCCUCCUCUUCUCCUUCUACAAGGACGGCAGGACGGUGCGCAGCAAGGGCCUGUCCUCCGAGUUCCAGAUCCCCACGGCCUCGGAGGCGCAUUCUGGGUCCUACUGGUGUGAAGCAGCCACUGAGGACAACCAAGUUUGGAAACAGAGCCCCAAGCUGGAGAUCCGAGUGCAGGGUCCUUCCAGCUCCACUGCAGCUGCCGCCCCGAAUCCAGCUCCUCAGAAACCAGCUGCUCCGGAAACCACUACCCCAGAGUCCCCUGGGACGCCGCCUCCACCACCCACCCUUUCUUCUGGGGAUGAAGGCUUCUCCUCUCCCCUGAGAGUGCCAGACCCCCAUCUGUAUCACCAGAUGGGGGCUCUUCUCAAGCAGAUGCAGGAUGUGAGAGUUCUCCUUGGGCGCCUGGUGAUGGAGGUGAGGGACUUGUCUGCCCACCUGAAGCUUGAGACCACAAAGGGUCCUGCUAAAUACGAGUAAACAAUUCACCUGCGGUAUCGCUGCACUGCCCCCAGCAAAUCCAACCCCUGUUUUUCCUCUUUCCAUUGUAUACAUAUGCAUACAUAGUUUUACAAGUUGCCCAGUGUUUUGUUAGAGUAAUGGAGAUAGGUGAGUAUAAAUAAAUUUGUACAAAGUGA